AUGCCUAUCUGCAUCGAGUGCCGUCACCCCGUCAAAACGUUAUGGACUGAAUAUUCCGGCGCUGGCGGGGCCAAGGGGAGUGGCGGUCACAAUAUCCGAUUGACGGUGUGCCACAACUGCGGCAACUUUUGCGACAAGUAUGUCGAGCAUGACUUUGUCAUCAUGUUCAUUGACCUCGUCCUCAUUAAACCACAGCCUUUCACCUCAGCAUCCGAACCCUAA